UCCACACAUCUCAGCGUUGGCGUGUGGCUGGAGCAGCCGUGUUCUGUGGUGCGGCCGCGGCGUUUAAAUUUCGGGAGCUGGAAAGUGCCUUGCGUGGAAACCGUUUUAACUUGGUUUGCUUGAAGGUUUAACGAGCACAGUAAGACAGGCCUCUGCAUGGCUUUUUCUAUGGAAGUUGCCAUUAAGGCUAUCACGCUCGGCUGGACCCCUGAGGACUUCGACAGCUCUGGUAAUCAAACAGUGCUUGACGAGCUAAAGGAGUUAGCACCUCACUUUCUCACAUCCGACACUUACAAGAAGUUGAAGGAGGCUGAAGUUAUUGCUACGACUGCAGAAGAACGAUAUCAUCAAGCUUCUUAUAUGAGGACUGUGUGGAGGGACAUUCGACAGUCUUGCCAAAGAAAAUGUAAUCCAGUACUGCUGAUUGACAAACAACAUAAUAGACAAGUUGAGAGGCUACAGGCCACAAUUUUGCUUUCUCAAGAUCCCUUUGGAUGUCUUUUGGGUACGGAAGAUCCUGACCUAGAGCUGAUUUUCAUAGAUGAAAUACAUCAUGCAGUUUCAAGACAUCUCGACCACCAUCGAUCAAGGCUGUUACGCUAUUUGGAUCACGCUGUCACGAAUGCAGGUGUGGGAAUUGCAGUCCAGUCCAUGUGUGCAGAUGUUGAUGGCAUCAAAAGGUCAAUUUUCAUGCUGAGGCUCCAGCGUGUAGAGUGCCUACGUAAAUUUGAGAAGGUGUUAAAAGCAUUCAAUACAAGAAGUUUGUCAUUGCCUGAGCUGGAUGGAGCAGAGCACUUACUUUUCUGCAAGCUGGAGAAGGCUAUCGACAUGUACAUCUACUUUGCAGAACUGUUUGAAAUGGAAUAUUAUUUCACAUUUGGAGAUGACCAUAAAACAGGCAGGGGCAUGCAGAUCGUCAUCCCUGAGAUGCAAAAUGAUUUUUUACAUCAACUUCUGGAGGCUCAAAGAAAACUGAAGCAAAAGGAGGCAUUACUUGAACAAUUUGAGAAGAUCUGGUCUCCGAGGGUUGAGUCAAUGAUUAAAGAGUACCACUCGAAACUUCAGGAACUCCGUGUCCUGAGACUGGCAAAUAAUUUAGAAUAAAGGUCAUCAAGAAAACGUUUCUAUUGGUAUUGCACCUGUGAGCUUCCCUUUCGAAGAGCGACACUCAAGCCACCUAUUCCAGCAGGACAUAUUUUUUGUACUACAUGGAAAUAUUGAGAAAUCCGAAGCUGUAAUUUUUGACAAAAUAAAGAUGUUAAAGUGCGA